GCCGAUUACAGCUUAACGGGUCUGUGAUCGUGUCACUGUCUGUCCACUUGAGGGUUUUCCCCUCUGUGAGCGACACGCCACUCGCUUUCUCCUGCUUGUUAGUUGGUGUUUACCAAUAGAAGUGCGAGUUUUUGGUGAGCAGCAUGGAUUUACUGUAGUGCUUUUGGCACUCGGACAUCUUUACUAUGAGUUCCUCUGCCGAAGCGCUUCCGCCAGCGGGGCAACUUUUCCGUGCGCAGCGGUGCCGCUGAGCCGCGCGUCUCUCGGUGGGAAAGUUUACACGCAUUCCCCGGUGAAGAUGGGCUCGCAGUGAAAGACGCUGUGGUGGUUGUCCCACUUUUUCCUCUCUCUUCUAAACCGUUCGACAAAAUGCAGAAGAGCGUCCGUUACAACGAAGGGCACGCGCUGUUUUUGUCGGCGGUCGCGCGUAAAGAGGGAACCAAACGCGGCUACCUGAGCAAGAAGACGGCGGAGAACAGCCGAUGGCACGAGAAGUUCUUCGCCCUCUACCAGAAUAUACUGUUCUACUUCGAGAAUGAGCAAAGCGCGCGACCUGCCGGGAUUUACCUGUUGGAAGGAUGCACCUGCGAGCGCGCGCCGGCGCCCAAGAUGUCCACCACUGGGAAGGAAGCGCUGGAGAAACAGCACUACUUCCUCAUUGUGUUCGGUCAUGAUGGACAGAAGCCUCUGGAGCUGCGGACAGAGGAGGAGAGCGAGUGCGACGAAUGGGUGGAGGCCAUCCAGCAGGCCAGUUACUCUGACAUCAUCAUUGAACGAGAGGUUCUGAUGCAGAAAUACAUCCACCUUGUACAGAUAGUGGAGACUGAGAAGGUGGCUGCCAAUCAGCUGCGCACCCAGCUAGAGGAUCAGGACACAGAAAUUGAGAGGCUGAAAGCAGAGAUUAUAGCUCUGAACAAAACUAAGGAGCGAAUGCGGCCUUACCAUGUCAACCAUGAAAAUGAAGACCCGGAUAUUAAAAAGAUCAAAAAGGUGCAGAGUUUCAUGCGAGGCUGGCUCUGUCGGAGGAAGUGGAAGAUUAUUGUCCAGGACUACAUCUGCUCUCCACACGCUGAGAGCAUGAGGAAGAGGAACCAGAUCGUCUUCAACAUGGUGGAAGCAGAGACAGAGUACGUCCAUCAGCUCUACAUCCUGGUCAACUGUUUCCUCAGACCUCUGAGGAUGGCUGCCAGCUCCAAGAAACCCCCCAUCAGCCAUGAUGAUGUCAGCAGCAUUUUCCUCAACAGUGAGACCAUCAUGUUCCUGCAUGAGAUUUUCCACCAAGGCUUAAAGGCGAGGAUAGCCAACUGGCCUACUCUGGUGCUGGCUGACCUAUUUGACAUCCUGCUGCCCAUGCUCAACAUCUAUCAGGAGUUUGUGAGAAACCAUCAGUACAGCCUGCAAGUUUUGGCCAACUGCAAGCAGAACAGAGACUUUGACAAGCUGCUGAAACAGUACGAGUCCAACGCCGCCUGUGAGGGAAGGAUGCUGGAGACCUUCCUCACAUACCCCAUGUUCCAGAUUCCCCGCUACAUCAUCACUUUGCAUGAGUUACUGGCACACACGCCUCAUGAGCAUGUGGAGCGCAAGAGUCUUGAAUUUGCAAAGUCCAAAUUAGAGGAACUGUCCAGAGUAAUGCAUGAUGAGGUGAGUGACACAGAGAACAUUCGGAAGAAUCUGGCCAUCGAGAGGAUGAUAGUGGAAGGUUGUGAUAUCCUGCUGGACACCAGCCAGACCUUCGUCAGGCAGGGCUCUCUGAUCCAGUUGCCGUCGGUGGAGCGAGGGAAGCUGAGUAAGGUCCGUCUGGGCUCCCUCUCUCUGAAGAAGGAAGGGGAAAGGCAGUGUUUCCUCUUCACCAAACACUUCCUUGUCUGCACACGCAGCUCUGGAGGAAAACUGCACCUUCUAAAGCAAGGUGGAGUUUUGUCCCUCAUUGAAUGCACGCUCAUAGAGGAACCAGAUGCCAGUGACGAGGAGUCUAAAGCUGGCGGUCAGGUUUUUGGUCAGCUGGACUUCAAGCUUGUAGUGGAGCCAUCAGACUCACCUUCAUUCACUGUGGUGUUACUGGCACCAUCGCGGCAGGAGAAGGCUGCAUGGACCAGUGAUAUCAGCCAGUGUAUAGAUAAUAUCCGCUGUAAUGGCUUGAUGACCAGUGUAUUUGAGGAGAACUCUAAAGUCACCGUGCCUCAUAUGAUCAAAUCCGAUGUGCGUCUCCAUAAAGAUGAUGUUGACAUUUGCUUCAGCAAGACGCUGAACUCCUGCAAGGUCCCCCAGAUCCGCUACGCCAGCGUGGAACGCCUGCUGGAGAGGCUGACCGACCUGCGCUUCCUUUCCAUAGACUUCCUCAACACCUUCCUGCACACAUACAGGAUCUUCACCACGGCAACGGUAGUCAUGGACAAACUGGCCGACAUCUACAAGAAGCCCUUCUCUUCUAUUCCUAUCAGGGCACAGUACCACUCAUAUGACCGUCUGUCCAUCUCAUCCAUCUGUCCUGACUACAGUCUGAAGAUCAAGAAGAUAGCCAUGGAUCAGUCCAAGUCCUUGGAGCUGUUCUUUGCUACGAAUCAGAAUAACAGGGGUGGUGAGCACAUAAACGACAAAUCUCCUCGUCUCUGCCGCAAGUUCUCCUCUCCCCCUCCUCUUUCCAUCCCGUCCCGCACCUCCUCACCUGUCCGAACACGAAAGCUUUCUCUCCACUCACCCAUCACGGCCAGGGUUGGGGGACUCGACCUAACCAGUCCUCUUUCCAACUCUAGCGUAAAUCACAACACUUCCCAGUCUGCUGCCAGUAGCCCCACAUCUGCACACACCCCCCAAACCCCAACAUCUCAGACCCCAACCCCGACGACAUCUUCUCCUCCUCCCUCCUCCACCUCCCCCCCGCCCAACAAUUCCAAAUCACCACAGGACCAAAAUCCUCCCAUUCCCUCAUCCCCGGACCAGAGUCCCUACCAGGCUGCAGAGGGUGAGGAGCUGCCGAGGAUCGACCCCUUCUGUGGCAAACUGAGACGAAGCAUCCGCAGAGCUGUGCUGGAGUCAGUGUCACUGGAGAAAAUCAUCCCAGAAUCUCCUCAGAGCAGUGAAGCAGGUGACAUGUCACCAUGUCGCUCCCCUUCCACACCUCGACACCUCCGCUACAGACAGCCUGGAGUCCAGUCAGGGGAGAACUCCCGCUGCUCAGUCUCUCCUGCUUCAGCCUUUGCUAUUGCCACAGCAGCAGCAGGACACGGUACACCACCAGUGUUCACAAACUCUGAAAGAACUUGUGAUAAAGAGUUCAUCAUCCGCCGAGCUGCAACUAACAGAGUUCUCAACGUACUGCGGCACUGGGUCUCCAAACACUCACAGGAUUUUGAGAUGAAUGGGGAGCUGAAGAUGUCAGUGAUCUGUCUCCUGGAGGAAGUGCUCAGAGAUCCAGACCUUCUGCCUCAAGAGAGAAAAGCUACUGCCAACAUACUAAGUGCCCUUUCUCAAGACGAGCAGGAUGAUGCCCAGCUGAGGAUAGAGGACAUCUUACAGAUGGCGGACUGUCCGAAGGCGGAGUGUUUUGAGUCUCUCUCAGCAAUGGAGCUGGCUGAACAAAUCACUCUGCUGGAUCACAUUGUCUUCAGGAGCAUUCCUUAUGAAGAGUUCCUGGGCCAGGGCUGGAUGAAGGUUGAUAAGACAGAAAGGACGCCAUACAUCAUGAAAACGAGUCAACACUUCAAUGAUAUGAGUAACCUGGUGGCGUCACAGAUUAUGACCCACACCGAUGUAGGCUCGAGGGCCAGCUCCAUAGAGAAGUGGGUGGCAGUGGCUGAUAUCUGCCGCUGUCUCAACAACUACAACGGCGUACUGGAGAUCACAUCCGCGCUCAAUCGCAGUGCCAUCUAUCGUUUAAAGAAGACCUGGGCUAAAAUCAGCAAACAGACUAAAGCCCUGAUGGAUAAACUGCAGAAAACCGUGUCCUCUGAGGGAAGGUUCAAAAAUCUGAGGGAGACCCUGAAAAACUGCAACCCUCCAUGUGUGCCAUACCUGGGAAUGUACCUGACAGACCUGGCCUUUAUUGAGGAGGGAACACCCAAUUUCACAGAGGAAGGUCUUGUCAACUUCUCCAAAAUGAGGAUGAUUUCCCACAUCAUCAGAGAGAUCCGACAGUUCCAGCAGACGCCCUACAGAAUAGAGCAUCAACCCAAGGUGACCCAGUACCUUCUGGACAAGACACUGAUCAUGGAUGAAGACACACUCUAUGAUCUCUCUCUGAAGAUCGAGCCCAGGCUUCCUGCCUGAGUGGCCGCUGUUUGUGGCCAGUGGGAGCCUGCCAAACCUGGACCCCCAAGGGCAACACGCCCACGCAAUCUCAAUCAAUCAAUCAAGAGGAAAUCAGGAAGUUUUCGGAGAAACGUGGAAGCAGAAAUAAGAGGGAGACCGAUUGACAAGACAGAAAGGUCUUGAGAGUCAACUUUGAGAAGGGUUGAGCAAGCGACUGGCGGAGCGUGAAAAGGGGACAAGGUGUUGAAUUGAUUGUGUUCAAGGAGAACAAGAAGAAAAGGUUUUGGUUGCAUUGUAUGAGAGUUUUGAGGAAAUGACAUGUCGCUGUGUGUGCUCAUCAUUUCUCAGUCAGAGAGUGUGGUGCACAUAACAUCACACUUCAUCAGACAGCCUGAGAGUACAGGAAAGGCUGAAAGCAUGGAGUGAAUGGAUAAAAUACCGUGGAUAUAAUAGAGAUGUAGCAUAUACAGAUAGUGUGACAGAGAGAUGUCUGAGAUAGUGUCUCUGUGCUGUUGUCUGUGUUCUGUUGCUUGUGCAUUUCCGUGCCAUGUCCUGAAGCAAGAGCCCCAAAAAAACGCUUUCUGUCACGAUGGUCACUGCAUAAAUUUGCAUGAUUUCUGCUUGGGAUGUAACUGUCUAAAUGGCCUUCAACCUGACCCCUGACCCUCAGCUUAGCAUGCCUCGCUCUUACCAGAGUGACUCUCUAAGCCACUAUGCAUCUUCAGCGGGCUGGGUAUGGCAAAACGCCUUCAAGCCUUCACAUAUAAUGUAGAAAGACACAAAAAUGAAACACUUAAAUGAUCAUUUAAAAUGAGAAAUCUAAUAUUUUGAGAUAGUGAAUUAAUACUGUAUUUAUCCUCAGACGGUCUCUGCCUAAAAGCUACUCAUGAGAAUGGACAGCUCCCUUUUUUUGAAAUGUCCAUAUGAAUGAUAAAGUAAAAACCUUAUUGGUGCCUUCCAGUAGUGUAGGUCAAAUCCCCACAUUUGCCAAUCCACAAGCAUAAAGUUGAAGAUUUAUAUAUAGAAAAUCCUGCUUGAACUGUUUUAAGAUUUGCUUUAAAAAAUGGAUUGUAGUUCUACUCAUUCAACUUCCUUUUUUUCCAGAAAAUAGGUAAUGUAGGCUAAACCGUAGCAUGUUAGUGUAAUCACAGUAAAAGCAUUGCAGCAAUUGAUCGUCAGCAAAUAUCUCCCUCUAGUGUUUAAACAUUGUUAUAACCUCUGCUGCCCCGAAGCUUUUUCAGCAUCUGUGUGCAGUUAGAUUUUUUGGCUUUGACAAACUGUCAGGUACUGAUGUGUGUAGUCAGUUCCCAGUGUGUAACUCUUAGAUGUAGGCUGGGACAGUUUUUGCACUCUCUGAGAUGUAGCUUCGCUUGAGUGACAGUAUGAUCGUUCUUUACCAUGCUAUUUAUUUCAUCAGAUACUGUAUUUAUGUUAUUUUUGUAUAUAGUGACUCCACACAUAUCAUAUGGUUGCUGAAAAGAAAUUUUUUGAAUUGUUAUGCUGUGAAUAUUGAUUCGUUGACUUGUUUUUUGUCUCUCUUGCUCUUUAUGUUGAAUUCUAGUUUUGCAUCCCAGGCUCUUGUAUUGCGAGAAAUCUGUUUAAACUUUAUUCUAAAAAAAAAAGAUUUGUCUCUUAAAGGUUAAAAAAAUGUAGCAUUUGAAUAAUCACAAAUUGUUUUCCGUAUUGCUGAUAUAAUGAACAUAGUUGCCCUGCAUGCACACAACAGCUGCAUGUUGUGCACGUCUGACUGGACGCUCCCUGUACCUUCUCCCUCUGCUUCUCUAUAGUACUUUUGUCUCUGUAGCUGUCAACCGGCUCUGUUAUAAGGCAUAAAAACAAUAUUUUGUCCAUCAACUGGCACGUUUGUCUGUUAGUGUACCUCACAAAGUUAGGCAUAGUCUUGAGGCUAUGUCAUCUGCAGGACAGACCUGCCAACUCUCCUGUUUUUCCUGGGUUUCUCCCGCAUUUCAAGGCCAUCUCCCAGUGCCCUCCCAUUUUGUUUUUUCUCCCGGGAAACUCCUUUAAUUUGCAUGGCCCUUAAACUUUAUUAUGAAUAAUUGUCAUACAUGGAUCUAUAAGUUUUGUAUGUCUGUCUGACGUUACCCAAGUUGCCAGAUCAGAUGUCGGCAGGUAUGUGCAGUAGCAGUGUUGGAGGUCAUCUGCAGAAAACUUUCUUCAUAGAACAACCUUGUUCCACUAAUUGGAGGAAAUGUUUUCAUGCUUUGUUUUUUUUGGGAAAACUUGUCCUUUGCACUGCGUUUGUAAUUCUGAGUGCCAGUUUUACAUACUGGUUUGAGACUACAGUACAGGAUGCUAUGUUUGUUUGCAUUGUGAUUUUUCUUUUGUGUGUAUGUUUGUUUGUGUGUUUAUUUAUUUGUUUGCAUUUUUCACUUGUAGGUGCAGGGGAAAUAAAUUCAACAUGCCUUA